AUGCGAGAGCUGCGACAGCUGAGCGAGUCGCUCGCUGCGUCGCGUGCGACGGCGGAGGCGAGCGGGCGAGGUCCCGACGACGAGAAGCAGCGGAAAGUCGCUCUGCUGAAAUUCCUUUGGCAUACGCGACAGAAGCUGCUGCGGCUUCUCGUUGUAACGAAAUGGUGUAACCAGCUGCCCGUGAUCGAGCGGUGCAAGCAAGCGUGGACCGCGCUGGCCAAUCACGACGCAGCGUUUGUGCAAGCUGCGGACGGAUUAUGGAUGACUCACGCGCAGAUCCAAGGCGCGCGCGCGCCGCUCUACGACGUUCCCACCGCCGUCGAAAUCCUCUCCACGCACGCUUACCGCCGGCUACCCGCUUGCGUAGACGAUCUGCAGCUCCCGCCGAACCUGAUGCUGCAGAGGCUCGGGCCAGCUUCGGUGGCAGGGUUGGUACCGCCUGCAGGGGUUGCUGCAGCAGCGACGGCAGCUGCUGAAGCUAUGAGAUUGCUGGGAGGGGAGGAGGACGAGGAGGAAGAGGAGGAAGAGGAGGUUAUGCCCGAGACGGCCAAGGUUAAGCGCGCGAGGCUGAGAGCCGCCAGGCGUAGCGGCAGGCGAGCCGCCAUAGAGCAGAUUAACUCCUUCCUGCGAACGCGGCUGCUGGAAACACCUAUUCCCGCGGAGGUGACGCGGGUGCGGGUUGGAGGCGGGAAGGUGCGCGUGUAUGUGGAGGGCGAGUAUCAGGCGGACAUCACUGCUGGGUAUAUGUCCAACCUGUCUCUUUGGAAGGUGAUUAAAGUGAAGAUUCUUGUACGGGGCGCGGAGAACGCGGCAGAGGGGGAUGGGGAGGAGGAAGAGGAAGAAGAGGAGGAUGAAGAGGAGGAGGAUGAAGGGGAGGGAGAGGGCAGAAAAGAGAGGAAGAAGCGGGGCCAACAGCGAUCACAGGGGAGGAAAGGCACGGCGUCAAGGCAGCACGGAGGGGCACGCAGGGUGAAGGGCAUCAAGGGCAUUCCCAUGAGCGAUGUGCAGCAGAUGGCGCUAGCAGAUGAGCUGCAGCGACGCAUGGCAGCAGCAGCCGAGGACCCAAUCACAGCCCUCCACGUGGUGCUCCACCAGGUGUGCUGCGGCGUGGCAGCGGACGAGAUUCUUCUGCAGCUGCACGCGCUCUGUGCCGCCCGCUGGCGCCAUCAUGUCAAGUUCGAGGUCGCCGCCCGGGACGCGGGCGGCGGGAGAGGGGGACCGGGGGUUGUGGGGACGUCUGGGGGACCCAGUGGGAGCAAAGGAUGGGUGGCAGGGGGAGGGGGAACAGGGGGGGUAGCAGGGGCAGGGGGACUUGGGGGAAAGGGCGGGGUGGGGGGAGCGCGGGUCAGUGGUUCAGGAGCAGCAGCAUCGAGUGGGGGGCCAAAGGAGGGGGAACGUUCCGGGGCAGCAGAGGCAGGAGCAGGAGGAGCCGGGGCAGGAGAAGCGGCCGGGGGUGCAGCGGGGUUGCCAGCGGUACCAGAGGCAUCCCCUGCGGUGCUGCACGUGUGGUACUGGCUGGACCCGGGGAAGGGUGAGAGCACAGGGGGCUCGUCUUCAGCUGUGCUGGUGCGGCUGGGUAUUGUCAGCUUUGAAAGCGCGGACGAGCCGCCACCCUGCCUCACUCUCUCCCUCGCCCCACCCCCCACCACCCCUCCUCCUCCUCCCAUCGUCCCUCCUGCCUCUGCUCCAGGCUCUUCUGCUGCUGCCACCGCUGCUGCUGCGGUUGUUCCUGGUCCUCCUCCCUCCUCUCUCUUCUCCCGCCAGCCGUUGCGCACCCAGCUCAUAUGCCAGCACACGCCGCCUGUGGUGGACCCCGAGACGGGCGGCGAGGUUUGUCUCUAUCUGGACCCGAGCAGGAUUGAUGUGGAGAAGCUGGUGCUGUUUGCCGCCCGGUGCUCGGCGCAUGCCAAGCUGGCGCGGGAAGCGUCUGGGUCGAGAGGGAGGGAGGUGCUGUGGGUGCGGGCGUGUGGCGACUGGUUUGCUGCAAUCGGCGUGAACACGCGGACCGGGCGGUACGAGGUGGCGGGCGGCAAGGGCUUGUCCUGGGCGGCGGCGAGGGAGGUGGAGGGGGCGCUGAACAGUGGGAGCUCGACAGCUGGCGACGCGCUGGUGCUGCUGCGGCUGCACUGCCUGCACGCCCAGCUCACAGCGGCGGGCAUGGCUCUGGGUCUCGUGGUGACUCACAGCGGCGGGCAUGGCUCUGGGAUUGGUGGUGAGCAGGGCUUGGCUGGGUGCUGUGGGGCUGUGAUGGGUUCAAGGGAAUUAGCUGGUCUUGUGCUGCUGCGGCUGCACUGCCUGCACGCCCAGCUCACCACAGCGGGCAUGGCUCUGGGUCUCGUGGUGAGCUGGGUUGGGCUGUGGAUUGAAUAUCCCGAGGUGGUGGCCCUGGCUGGCUCUGGGGAGAGGGAGGGUUUAGAUCGGGGGAAUGGGGGGAGGAGUGGGGGAAAUGUGGAAGGAGGGGGGAAGGAGAUGGUGGGAGGUUGGGAGGAGCUUCUAGAUGUGGCAGAUGACUGGGAGAGUGAUAGUGAGGGGGAUAGUCAGGGGAAUGAUGAGAGGGAUGGCAGGCACGGAGAGGUGGGCAACGAUGGGGAGAUGGACAGAGCGGGGCGAGAUGACGAGGCAGAAGGUGCAGAGCAAGCAGCAGCCGUUGAUCGCAAGCAGGGUGCGAAUCGUGGGGUUGGGACCGUCACUGCCGCUGCAGCGGUUGAAAGCGGUGGUGUUGAUAAAGACACCGCACCCAUCAAGAAGCGCAAACGCCACCACACCAUUUACCACCCAUCCCAACCCCUGCACUGCGCUCUGAUUGGCCGGCCGCUGCAGGAGCUGGUACAGCUGGCAGGGCGCGGCAAGGCCCCUGUGUCCCUCAUCUUCCCCCUCGUGCUGUCCCGAGCCCAGCACCUCGCUGCUGCUGCCGUCAAACACUCCCUCCUCUCCUCCCUCCUCUCCUCUGCUGGUGUCUCCACCGUUCCCUUCCUCUCUGCUGCCUCCUCCUCCCCCUCCUCCUCCUCCUCCUCCUACUCCUCACUCUCCACCUCGUCCCCCUCUCACUUCCCCUGUCUGCCGCCCCUCAUUUCCUCCUCCCUCUCCUCCUUUUCUGCUUCUCACUCGGAUUCCUCUUAUCCACCAUCCACUGUCCGUCCCUCCUCCCUCGUCUCCCCUCAAACCCUGCUGCGGAUACCGGGCUUUCCCCCUCCUGCAGCAUCAGCUGCACUGCCCCCAGAUACCGCCUCCCCCUGGCAGUCCCUGCUGCUGAGAUCCGAUUCGCCGGCCACUGCCAGCUGGUCCGUGCUGGUGCCAGCUCAGCAUUUUGUCAGCUUGUGGCAGCUUCAGGAGUUUUGUCAGCUGCGGCAGCAGCAGCAGCAGCAACAGGAGUUGGAAAUAGAGCAAGGAGGAAGAUUCCUUAGACUUGCCGAACCUGUGCAUGCACCCGAACUGGCGGGUGAUGCUGCCGAACCUGAUGCUACCAAACCUGGUGUCACGAGCGCUGGUGUUGAGUUGACUGGGGCAAUGAAACGGGAGGAUAAUCUGGAAACGGGUGGCAUUCGCGCUGAUGCUGCUGCUCGUGCUGCUGCGGGUGGCGCUGGUGGUGGUGACGAUUGGGGAGAUGUGUCAUUAGCUGUGGAUUGCCGAGUCGUGGUUUCACCUGACGACUUGUGGCCGCACACACAGUACCUAGAGGAGUGUGUGCGCAUGGACGAUGCAGGGCUGUUGUUAGAUGCCAUUCGCCGCACAGCAGCGCCGACCAGAGCCUGGAAACCGACUCUGUCCUUCCUUUUUCCUUUUUUCCCUGUCUUCCUUUACCCCUUGCAGUACCUAGAGGAGUGUGUGCGCAUGGACAAUGCAGGGCUGCUGCUGGAUGCUGUUCGCCUCACAGCAGCCCAAUCCUUCUCGCUCCUUUCCGCUCAUCCGAAUCCCAUUCUCUAUUUAUUCUUUGUCCCCUCCUUUUCGUCCUCUGUCCGUGGGCAGUACCUAGAGGAGUGUGUGCGAAUGGACGAUGCAGGGCUGCUGCUGGACGCCAUUCGCCUCACAGCAGCUCCGCUGCACGCCCUGCACUCCGCCAUCCGCCCCCUCCGCUCCCUCUCCGUCCCUCCCUCCGCCCUGCCGCCCUCGCACCUACACCACCAUGCACAGCAGCAGCCACACGUGCAGCCAUCGCAUUCUAAUGCUCCUGCACAUGCUGCAGCAGCUGGUGCAGGCGCUACUGCGUCUGCUCCUCCUGCUACUACAGCACCACCACCUGAAGCUUCUGGUUCCGCUGCAGCCUCAGCAGGUGGCCCAGCCGCUGCCACUGCAGCACCCACUGCAGCCCCAGCAGGAGCAUCAUCAGCAGCAGCGGCAGCGGCAACAGCAGCAGCAGUAGCAGCAGCAGUAGGGGCAUCUCGAGGGCUGAUGGUGGGAGCAACACUGUGCUCUCUCCUCCCAGGAGACAUCACAAUCAUCCCGCGCGGCCCCUUCUCCUUCCGCAUCGUCUACCGCCACGACUUUGCCAUCCACAUGCGCUGCUUCGCCCCCGACUUCGUCUGGUUGCAGCCCGCCCCGCCGCCCAAAUCCUACGACCUGCCGCCCGGACUCGUCGCGAUGUUCCCUGAAGGCUCUGCUGCUGUUUUGGCUGCAGCGGAAACUCCCAGUGGUGCUGCUGGGAGCGGGAACAGGGGUGGUGGGAACAGGAGAGGUGGGGCAUUGGGAGCACCCACUCCAGGCAUUGGCUAUCCGAGUGGGUCACCCAGUGGUGGUUCUGCUGGUGUUGCAGCAGCAGCGAGUGGGGUGAUUCGAGGGGAUCUGUCUCUGGGAGGGUCCUUGCCCUGCCCACAGUUCCGCCCGUUCAUUCUGGAGCAGGUCUCUCUGCUGCUCUCACAGCUCUCACAUGCGCCUGACCUGCCCCCCGCUGCUGCUGCUGCUCUUCCUCCUGCUUCCACCGCUCCUGCUGCUGCUGGUCCGGGUGCUGGCAGGCUCGGGAGGACAGGGUCGGGGAUGGAGAGCCUGGGAGCAGGAGGGCAGCAUUCGGCCGGUCCCAGCAGCUCACAUCACCAGCAGCAGCAGCAGCAGCAGCAGCAGCAGCAGCAGCAGCAGCAGCAGCAGCAGCAGCAAAGCAUGCAUCCUCAGAAUCACCAGCAGCAGCAGCAGCAGCAGCAGCAGAGGGUGGAGAUGCUGCGGUGGCAGCACAUGGCAGCAUCCCUCGCCUCCUCAGUGCGAGCAGAGUCCCACACGGCGAUGGUGGGGUUGUCAGACGAUGGCGGGUACGGCGGGGCGUGGGUGCCCGUGGUGCUGCUGAAGCGGGUGCUGCGCAGCAUGCUGCGGUACCUUGGGACCAUCGCGCUCUUCGCUCGCUUCCCCUCCGUGCUGGCGGCUGUGCUGGGCCCGGCCAUGGGGACCAGGGAGGCUGGGCUGCUGUCGCAGGAUCCGGAGCAGCCUGCUUUACGGUUCUUCAUCGGCAAUUAUGUGUACAUGGUGAAUCUGCACCGCCAUCGCCGCCCUACUGCUGGAGACCAGCUGCAACUCAUGCUUCAAGUUGUAAACGCCCGCAUGGCUCCACAGCGCCGCCCGCCCGCCAUGACACCCGACGCUGAUGUGGACAUGAGCCCUGCUGAGCUGGCGGAGAUCAGCGACCUCUUCACGCGCAAGGUGGCGGUGGAGCCCUUCGACGUGUCCCGCCUGCCUUCCUUCGUGACGCUUGUCAUGCUCCCAUUGGCUGUGAUUCGCGAGUUCAUGGGCUUGCUGGCCUUGAGACGGGAGCAGCAGCGACUGCUGGCUGCUGCUGCAGCCGCAGCUGCUGGAACAGGCGGGGCAGCAGCAGGGGAGGCAGUAUCAGGGGGAGGUACUUCUGCAGGUGUAGCUGGGGCAGGUAACAUCCCUGCCAUUCCCCCCACCGCCCGGAUCGCAGUAGACCUUUGCUUUGAGAAUCGCAUCGGAUUAGGCUGGGAUCUCCCAGAUUCGUUUGGGAGACACAGUGGAGGCUCAUCUGGGGGAGGUGUAUCUGCAGGCCAGGUUCACCCAGGCUCUGCUACAGCCGGGAAUGCAGCUGGCAGUGGUAAAACAGCCGACCGCAGCGAUAUCAGCUACAGCCGGGCAGAAAGCCGAGUGGAUUUCUCUCUUGUCCUGCUCAUGGACCAUGCCGCCCUCUCUGCCGCCCACCUGCCGGUCCAAAUCGCGGGCGGCGCAGGCUGGCUGGCUCACUGCAUCUCGGUCCGCCUCCGCUUGCACUUCUCCGCCGCCCCUGCCAAUGCGGCAGCUGCUGGUGCAGGCGCUGCCUCUGUUGCUCCCGGUGCACGAGGGCCGUUGAUUCUGCAGCUGUCUCUGCUGGCCGUUGAUGGCAGUCACGGCGGGAAAGCGUGUUGGAGUAAGGCAGAGGACUGGGACAGGUGUAAGCAGCUGAUUGGCAGGGCGAUCAAGGAAAUGCCACCACCACCAGCAGCAGCGGCUGCCGCAGCUGCCGCGGCGGUAGCAGCAGGUGGAGGAGUCAAGGAAAUGGGGGUGGUGGUGGGAGGUAGAGGGUGGUUGAGAGUGUUAUCCGAGAGGUUGCAGGCAGCAGUGCACUCUGCACUGGCCUCGUCUCACAGGGUUUGA